UGUUUAGGUUGUGCACGCGCGCAAUGGUUUCGCGCGAACAGCUCACUUUUGAAUGUUUUAUCUUGUAUUUUUGAGCUCGGCCCGGCUGUCAUUACGCGUGGGUGUUACCGAAACGCACCCGAGCGCACUUUUCAGGAGGUGUCAACUCUGCUAAACUGCGUGAAGUCUGGGCCUUUCAACAAGCUGACUGAACGAUAGAUUGCCAUGAAGCGAAAGUCCUGUCCUUACGGCCCGACCAACGACUACGUUCUGAGUAGCCCCAUUGGCCGCCUGGCCGUGAAAAGCUGCCCGCACGGUCUGCACAGCCUGCAUCAGAUGGAUGACGAGGCAAAUUUCUCUCCAGACUUGAGCGUUGAAGUGAAGCUGCUAAGCCAAGAGUUUGAGGACAACGGCUACACCUACCAACCGGUGCUAAGCUGCUUGUCUUGGCUCGAAGCCUAUUUCAAGAGCCCUCGCCCGGAGAAGAGGCCGUUGCCUGCCAUUUGUGGGCCAACUGUUUUUCCCAGAGGCUCGUUUACGGGGUCGGUCUUGCAGACUUUGUCUGAGAGAGUCGGUCCGGGGACGACGGUGAGCUACGGCGAGUUGGCGAGGCUCUGUAACAACCCCAAGGCUGCCCAGGCCGUCGGCUCCGCCAUGCGGAACAACCCGCUUCAACUCUUAGUGCCGUGUCAUCGUGUCGUGCGACACGACGGUGCCCCGGGACACUAUGCCGGAGGGAAGCGAGACGACGUGAAACAGUGGCUGCUUAACCACGAGGGAAUUUGCUACUAACGUGAUGCAAGAGGUUGAAUGAAAGUCGCGGAAGACCUCCAGUACUGUUUGUCAUUGGUAUGCAAACUAGCCCGAUCGCAGUGCUUGCUACAUCGCCGUUGAACUUCCUAUUGACCCUGCUCGUAGAAUUGGCCGAUCUUAUGCUACGACCACAAGAAUGAGCCUUCUAGAAAAGCACCAGGCUGGCUUUUUUGCAGUAGGCACUUGACUAAAUAUGGCGGUCAGUACAUUGUUAAAGUGGCUACUGCCGCGCACUUGGCUUGCGUUGUAUCAUUAGAAGAGAUACGCUCAAGCAAGAACAACGCUUUCACCAUCAUGCUCACCGUUGAAGCUAUACUUCAGGCAAUGUGCCUCACAAAAAAAGCCGGCAAGGGCUUUUCGAGGGUGCCCAUUUGGCAUAACGUGGUGACAGUGUUCAAUUUAGUCAUGCCAUAUUGCAAUCCCAUGGUCCUUUGGCAGUGUGGCCAAUCAAAUCGUGCCAUUUUGUAACGAGUUAACAAGGUCGUCGAGUCCACUGGUCAUAUACAUAUAACAGGAUAGAUGUGACAAGUUUGUUAAUAAUUCAGCAGAUGUGGAAUACUGCACAGAUGACAAAGCCAUUUGUUAAUUUUUCAGCAGAUGUGGAAUACUGUACAGAUGACAAAGUCAUGAGCUGGCCUCUUGGCUUGUAAAGUGGUAACAUGAACUGGUUGCUGUUAACACAAAGUGAAGCAUCAUUAAACAUGUUGGAAUAUGCUCUGUCAUGGAAAUGAUGAUAAAGUUGGAUAGUACAUUUGCCACGUUAUCAGCGUAGUCUUGUACUCUUGUACAUUGAAGCAACUUGGCAAGUUGACCUUGCCUGUUGAUGGUUGUUAUCGCUGGCCAGUUGUAGCAAGUUUGUAAACAAUGCCUUUACUUGUUGAGAUUUACUAAAUGUCGCAGAAAUGCUGCAGAUUACAAUGUAAUCACAAGUCAGCACCAUAACUCCACUUGUGGUUCUGCUGUCCAAGCAAAGUAAAGGCUUUACUAAACAUUCCGAGAGCUUGUAAAACAGCUGGUGGUCGUUUUAUUUUGAGUUACUCUACUUGCAUAUAGUUUAAAAUGUCUCUGUAUUGUUUAUCUUCCCUUCGACAAGUUGUUUACGUAAUAUAUCAAAACUAACCGUUCCUUGAGGCACUUUCAGUUGCCUUUUGUACAAGGAGUUCCGAUAGAGGCAAAUUUGGUAAAUGCCAACUUUACCGUGCUUGCAGUGUAAACUGGACAUCUUUGAACUGUUGUCGAUGGUGAAGCUCUGCUUUUAAAGGCACUCAUACUAAUUAGCAUAAUUUACGUAGUUAGCACAGAGUUGACUCGUUCACAGCUUUUGCACAAGCAAGGCAAUUUAAUACUGUUGCGUUGUUUCUUUUUUUUUUUUUACUGUAACGCCUAGCACUGUGCUCUCUGUGCUAGCGAUUGAUUUUACCAAAGCACUUACUUUGGCAAACCACUACUUUGUGCAACAUUUGUGGUAGCGUUUAUUGUUGCUUUGUACUGCCUGAAAGAUAUUAAGCAGUGCGUGUUGAAAAACUACUGAUUGGAUUUGCUUGCUAACGAGUUCGAAGGAAUAUUUAUGCGAGUGUAUAAAUGGCUGCUGGAGCCUGUGAAUUUGAUAUGUACUGCAUGCCUUUUAUCUAAAUGUUGCUUGCUUUAUGCAAAAAUGGGGAAUGCACAAGUGUGGGUAGGUGUGCCCAGUUGUAGUGCGUUUUACAGUAUCUGUGAUUGCUUUUUGGUGAUGUGAUAUGAGACUUCAAUAAAAGAUAGUCUGCAAGCCACCAGAAAA